AUGAGGGUGGCAGUGGUGGGUGGCGGGGUAAGCGGGCUAGCGGCGGCGCACGAGCUGCUCGCCACGAGCGGAGGCGGCGUGCGUGUGACGCUGUACGAGGAAGACGACCGCCUCGGCGGGCAUGCCAGAACGGUGGCCGUCAGUGACGGCGCCGGAGGCGAGGUCCAACUCGACCUCGGCUUCAUGAGCUUCAACCAGGUAACAUAUCCCCACAUGAUGGAAUGGUUAGAAGGGCUCGGGGUGGAGAUGGAGAGAUCAGACAUGUCGUUCUCAGUGAGUACAAAUCAUUGUGGCGGACGAGGAUGUGAGUGGGGCAAUGGCAACGGUAUCUCGAGCCUCUUGGCGCAGAAAGCCAACAUACUGAAAACCAGUUUUUGGCGCAUGGUCUGUGAGAUACUCAGGUUCAAGAAAGAGGCUCUGAUGUACCUGGAGUACCAUGAGAAUAACCCUGAUCUGGACCGUAGCGAGACAUUGGGGCAGUUCAUUCAGUCGCAUGGAUAUUCCCUCUCAUUCCAAGAGGCUUACCUUAUUCCGGUCUGCGCAGGCAGUUGGUCAUGUUCAUCACAAGGUGUUUUGAGCCUCUCGGCUUUCUUCGUGCUGUCAUUUUUCCGUAACCAUGAUCUUCUUCAGCUGUUUCGUCACGCCCAGUUGCCCACUGUCAAGGCUUGUUCGCAGUCGUAUGUAAACAAGGUAAAAGGAGAAUUGGAAAGCAUGGGCUGUCGAAUAAAAACCAGCUGUCUGGUAAAAUCUGUUUCAAGUUUUGAUGGAGCUGGCUACAGGGUCUUGGAGAAUGAUGGUUCAGAGGAAACAUACGACAGUGUCAUCCUUGGGGUCCGUGCACCUAGUUCUCUCAAAGUACUAGGAACUGAAGCUACACAUUAUGAACUGAAAAUUCUAGGUGCCUGUCAGUAUGUCCAAAGGGACAUAUACCUCCACUGUGAUCAAAAUUUGAUGCCCCGAAAUCUGUCGGCAUGGAGCGCCUGGAAUUUCCUAGGGGUAACUAGUACCGGGUUUUCUGUUACUUACUGGCUAAACCAUAUUCAGAAAAUUGAAUCCAUCAGGCCUUUCCUCGUGACACUCAACCCCCCUUGUGUUCCGAAUCACGUACUGCUUAAAUGGUCUACAAGCCUUCCUGUUCCGUCUGUGGCUGCGGCGAAGGCUUAUCUUCAGUUUGAUCAGAUCCAGGGAAAGAGAGGAAUAUGGUUCUGUGGGGCGUAUCAAGGUCAUGGAUUCCAUGAAGAUGGAUUGAAGUCUGGGAGAGCAGCAGCUCAAGGUUUGCUUGGAAAGAAAUGUGAGCUUAUGCUGAACCCAAAGCAGAUGGUUCCAUCAUGGACCGAGGCUGGGUCACGCCUUGCUGUUGCAAGAUUUUUUAACCAGUACAUAACCAUCGGCAACUUGAUAUUGGUCGAAGAAGGAGGUAGUGUGUUCAGCUUUGGUAAGGCUUGCGACAAAUGCCAUGUGAAAUCUGUCAUACGAGUUCAUGACCCCUUGUUCUAUUGGAAGGUUACAACAGAAGGGACCAUUGGCUGGGCAGAAGCCUAUAUUAAUGGAUGUUACUCUCUUGUUGACAAGAGAGAAGGCCUUCUGAAUCUUAUCCUGAUUCUCAUCGCUAACAGAGAUGCGCGUAGGAACCGCGGCAUUGCCAGAAAAGGGGCUUGGACACCCUUGCAUGCAAUAGCUAAUUUGAAAUAUGCUAAAAACUUUCUGCGCCAUGUCUCGAGGAAGAACACUGCAACACAAACUCGUCGAAAUAUCUCUCAGCACUAUGAUCUUAGUAACGAUUUUUUCAAGCUUUUUCUGGAUAAAUCGAUGACUUACUCUUGUGCAAUUUUCAAGAUGGAGGAUGAAAGCUUAGAAGCAGCCCAGCAACGUAAACUUAACCUUCUAAUCUCAAAGGCUAAAGUCGAGGCGGGGCAUCAUGUUCUUGAUAUCGGUAGCGGCUGGGGCAGUUUAGCUAUACAAGUGGUUAAGCAAACUGGCUGCAAAUACACUGGAGUGACUUUGUCAGAGGAGCAGCUUAAAUACGCUGAGAAAAAAGUAAAAGAAGCUGGCUUAGAGGAGCACAUAACUUUUCUGCUGUGUGACUACCGUAAAAUGCCACCUUGCAAGUAUGACGCAAUCAUAAGCUGCGGUAUGAUCGAACAUGUUGGCCAUGAAUACAUGGACGAGUUUUUUGCCAUCUGUGAGUCUCACUUGGCUGAAGAUGGCAUAUUGGUCCUCCAGUUCAUCUCAAUUGCAGAGGAACGGUACGAGCAAUACAGAAAAAGGCCAGAUUUCAUAAAAGAAUACAUAUUCCCUGGCGGCUGCCUUCCUUCUUUGGCCCGUGUAAUGGCUGCCAUGACCUCGGCAUCAAGGUUCUGCAUAGAGCAUGUGGAGAAUAUUGGGCCCCAUUAUUACACAACUCUGAUACACUGGAGGGACAACUUCAUUGCCAACAAAGAUCAAGUUUUGGCCUUGGGCUUUGAUGAAAGAUUCCUCCGUAUCUGGGAGUUUUACCUCAUAUACUCUGCGGCUGCUUUCAAGUCACGAGCACUUGGAGAUUACCAGGUUGUUUUCUCUCGUCCAGGCAACAGGCGGCUAGCCAUGUCUUGA